CGCAGCCUGGGGAUGUGCAGUUCCGUUCAGGAUAAUACUGUGCUCGGGGUCCACCGUGACCCACUUUGGUAAUGGGCUUCUGGCUAUUUCCACUAGUACCGUGCUGUCAAAAUGAUACUGCAGAGCAAGGAAGAACCGCAGCUACAUACUACCGCUAUGCUCAUUCAAGACGAUAAGGAACCCUCAUCCCAUAUUCCAGAAUAUGACUCUCCGCCGUACAGUAAUUCCGUGUCAGGUUCUGCUGCAGUGUCGGCUGUCACGAUAGACUCGGAGUUCACCAAUGCGCUCACAGUGAAGACCAUUCGGCUGGAAAAGCACCAUGAGUUGAUAUCCGGAAAGUACAUCAUUGACCCUGACGAGUCAGGAGACCAGACAUCCGCUCUACAAGGCUUUGCAGCCAGGCACAGUGACCUAGUAGUAGGCCUAAGGAAAGCAACCGACAUUCUCUCUGCAGCGCCGCAUGCCGUUUUUCGCAAUCGGUUCGGGUCCAUUUUUCUGACUCUAGCCACCAAAGGAUCGUCAGAACGAUGUCAUCGGGUAAUAAUCGACGUUUCGACCCGCCAUGGGGAUAUUGCCGUUAACUUGAGUUCCGUACAUCCUGGUAAACGCAUCACGGUGAAAGUGACUUCCAGAAGAGGUGAGUUGAAACGGAUGGUGCUCAGGUUGACAGUAGUAGUAGUAGUUUGCGCGCAUGGAAGAUCCGAUGACCUGAGGGCCGUGUUCUUCGGAUUCCACAUGGGAAACCAUGGAAAAUCUCAUUUCUAUUACACCUAAAUCUGUCUUGUCCAUGUCACACAUCAAAAGGCAAGAUGGUAGUACUGCUUCCCCCGACAUUUUGUGGGGACGUGCAGAUACACAGUAGCAAAACGGGUGGUUAUGACAUUCUUCCAGGACUGUCUAGCAGCAUCCGCAGCAUGAACGGGAAGAGGACAAAAACGUUGUUACUCAUCGGCGACAAUACUCCGACAGCUGAAGGGAGUAAAUCCACGGAUCAUUGUCAUCUCUCCUCACGUCACGGAAGGAUUGUCCUAGGCUUGAGCGGGCAAGACAGCAUGCCAACACUACAACGAGAU